AUGGCGGUGCCGGUGAAGCAACGACAACAGAGUUAUCGGAAUUUAGCAUCAAGAGAGAAAGAAGAGGACCCUAGGUUGUUUUUAAAAGAGGAGUCAGCCAAGACAAAGGACUCUUCCGAAGCGUCAGUGGUGGACUCUUCUGAAGCGUUAGUGGACUCGUUCACUGAUGCAUCAGCUUUUGUUGGACACAUCUCACAAUCACCGAGAGACAUACAAGAUGACUCCGAUGAAGAGUUCGUGCCGGAUACCCAAGAGCAACAUUAUGAUGAGGAUGAAGAUGUUGCGGUUCAAGAAAAUCCCGUGAACCAAAAUGAAGCCGCACUGGAAAGAAGAGGAAAACUGAAACGGGAAAAUUGGACACCUAAACAAGAAGAGGCGUUGGCAAAGGCUUAUGUUCAUUUCACUUUGAAUAGAAAGAAAGGCAAUCAACAAAAGGCGGAUGGUUUUUGGAAGCAAGUUCUAAACCACUUCAAUCAAACAGUCGGAGGAAGUAACCCAACCCACCACCAAGUUCGAUCAAAAUGGCUCGCGAUGCAAACAAAAUUGAACACAUUCAACGGUUUAUAUCAUCAAGCGGAUCGUUUACGUCCUAGCGGGAGUGACGAUGCUUUUGUAAUGAAGCAAGCGCUAAAGGAUUACAAAAGCAAAGAAGGAUAUGACUUUACUCAUAUUACGGCUUGGGAGGUUGUUAGAACAAAUCAAAAGUGGUCGUCGGUACCCUUGUUGGGUGAAGAAAGCUCCGGCUCGAGUCAAAAAAGAAAGUCUUCGGAUUCGGGAAAUUAUAGAGCGGAUACACCGAAUGUCGAAGUCUCGAGCAGAUUCGGUAUUCCCGACAUAAACGAGGAUUCCUCGCCAAGACGACAAAAGAGAAAGGAGAAAAAGGACAAGGGCCGUCUUCAAGAAACGAAGAUCCAAGAGAUAUAA